AUGUCGACGUACAAGCUCAAUUACACUGAUUCGUUUGUAAAUGGAGACGCAAACAGUUUGUGUUCAAACCCAGAGAAUGGUUUCAGUGAUUUGUCUUCAUUUGCUCAAUCAGAGAAAGCUGUUCAGGAGCUUCUUAGUCAACAGACUCCUAUGCAGGCAACAGACGACCAUCUCAUUGAGUUUUCAGAGGCUUUGAGAACUGUUGCAAAGGCACUAAGAGGAGCUGCUGAAGGAAAAGCGUUGGCUCAAGCCGAGGCUGCUGAAUGGAAGCGAAGAUAUGAAUUGGAGAAGUCGAGGAACCUCAAGUUGCAGCAUAAAGAACCGUCGGAUGGAGUAUCUGCCGAUGAAUCUAAUAGUAGUUAUAGGAUGGAGCACUCAGCCAAGUCUCCGCGGCUUUAUAUUCAGGAAAACGGGAAUUCUGGAAGAAAUUGCACGGAGCGUAUUUGCACUCAUGAAGUUCUCCAAGAUGGUGGAUUUAACAGUACUAAUGGGGAGAGCAACAAAUUGAUGAAGAAGGCAUCAUUUAAGCUUGCAUGGGGAUGCAAGGGGGCUAAUGAUCAACACAAAAAAGAAAUCGUUUCGUUCGAGAGUGGGAACAUCACUACAGCAGAGCGCAGUAGCAAACAGAUUUCACUGACAUGGGAGUCCAAUCCACAGACUGUGCUUAUUUUUACUAAGCCUAAUUCAACUUCAGUACGAAUACUCUCUGUGGAAAUGGUCAGAUGGUUGAGAGCGCAUAAAGGACUGAAUAUUUACGUGGAACCGCGAGUCAAGGCAGAGCUCUUAUCAGAAUCAAGUUCCUUCAAUUUCGUACAAACUUGGGUUGAUGACAAGGAAAUUUCACUUCUACACACAAAGGUUGACCUUCUUAUAACUCUUGGUGGGGAUGGCACCGUACUCUGGGCAGCAUCGAUGUUUAAAGGACCAGUGCCUCCAAUUGUUCCAUUUUCCAUGGGAUCGCUUGGAUUCAUGACUCCUUUCCACAGUGAACAAUACCGAGAAUGUCUUGAAGCGGUUUUGAGGGGUCCAAUCAGUAUAACACUACGACACAGGUUGCAGUGUCACAUUAUCAGAGAUAAAGCAAGGCAUGAAUUUGAAACAGAGGACACUAUGCUUGUUCUGAAUGAAGUCACCAUCGACCGUGGAAUAUCGUCUUACCUCACAAACCUUGAAUGCUACUGCGACAACUCAUUCGUCACAUGUGUGCAAGGCGAUGGACUAAUACUGUCUACAACAUCUGGUAGCACUGCGUAUUCACUUGCAGCUGGAGGGUCAAUGGUCCAUCCUCAGGUUCCUGGAAUCUUGUUCACGCCAAUAUGUCCGCAUUCUCUAUCGUUCCGCCCACUGAUAUUACCGGAACACGUGACUGUGAGAGUGCAAGUGCCAUUCAACAGCAGAAGCUCUGCUUGGGUCUCCUUUGAUGGGAAAGACCGGAAACAGCUUGAAGCAGGGGAUGCACUUGUGUGUAGCAUGGCACCAUGGCCAGUCUCAACCGCUUGCCAAGUUGAAUCAACUAACGACUUCUUACGCAGCAUCCAUGACGGUCUUCACUGGAACAUAAGAAAGACUCAAUCUUUUGACGGUCCUCGUGACACAUAG